GACAGACAGCUGCGGGGUGGAGAGAGAGCGCGGUUCAUUCGGUAAAGGCUGUUACAGUUAAGAUGAAACAAGAUUUAAAGUAAAAUUUGUGCAGAUUCUCUUCCUGUUUUGUCCGUUUCCUUCCACUUUUGAUACCCACCAUGUGUUAGAGCUGCGAGAAGACAAGGAGCUUUGAAGACGUUCCAAAAUUCACCACAAGUCUCAAACUGACUGUUAUUCCGUAUGGAGAGCACGAGAAAAACUCGCCUAAGUGUUGGAAAUCUGUUUUGGACAUCGUUUUGUUGCAUCUGCGCACGGUCUUUUACACACAACGGCUAAAUCCGGCGCGUGAGGACGGGAUAACGCACCGCAACCGGACACAUUUUUUACGGACAAAUAAGAAGUUGACGAACGUGAAAAGUCAUCGACAAAUCAUCAGAAAAGAAUCUACCUCGUGUGCUGCAAACAAGAGGAAAUCGGGAGAUUUAUACUGAAGAUCAGGGAAAUUGAUAAUCUGUGGACGCACUGUGGCGCACAAAUGGUGUUUCUUUGGGACGCAAAAUACGACCCAGCCCCCGGCCGGCGUUACACUCCCCCCUCCACCACCCUUGCCUCGGGGGGGAAGAUGACCGAGGCCCUGCCCUUGGGUGCCCAGGAGGCUGGAGGUGGGGCCGCUCUGAUGGGCAAACUGCGCAUGGCCGACCGCGGCAUGGUGGAAGUGAUCUCGGAUCAUCCAGGAGAGCUGGUGAAGACAGACAGUCCCAACUUCCUCUGCUCUGUGCUGCCCACACACUGGAGGUGUAACAAGACUCUGCCCAUUGCUUUUAAGGUGGUUGCCUUGGGUGACAUUCCUGAUGGCACCUUGGUAACAGUGAUGGCGGGAAACGAUGAGAACUACUCAGCAGAGCUCCGCAAUGCUACGGCGGCCAUUAAGAACCAAGUGGCCAGAUUCAACGACCUGCGCUUCGUCGGUCGCAGCGGAAGAGGGAAGAGUUUCACUCUGACCAUCACAGUGUUCACCAACCCUCCUCAAGUGGCCACGUACCAGAGAGCCAUAAAAAUUACAGUGGAUGGUCCUAGAGAGCCGCGACGUCAUCGUCAGAAGAUGGAUGAGGUCAAGACUGGCUCUCUGGCUUUCUCCGAGAGGCUAACGGAGCUGGAACAGCUGAGAAGGAGCUCAAUGAGGGUGACACCUCCUCACCACCAUCAGCCCUCUGCCAACACCCGCCAGUCUGCAGCGCUCAACUCUACCACUUUCUCCAGCCCCACACACGCUCAGAUAACUGCUGAUUCCAGACAGAUGCAGUCAUCUCCAUCUUGGUCCUACGACCAAUCAUAUCCCUACCUUGGCCAGAUAACCACGCCCAGUGUCCACUCAGCCAAUCCCCUUUCGCCUGGUCGCUCCUCACUCAGUGACCUUUCCUCACGACUGACAGGUCCUGACCUCACAGCAUUUGGUGACCCCAGGAUGACCUUAGAACGACCUUUCACCUCCCUCCCCUCCUUGCCUGACUCCCGCUUCUCCGACCCCCGGGUGCACUACCCUCCCACUGCAGCAGCCUUCACCUACACCCCCUCCCACAACCCAGUCUCCAACAGCGCCCUCGGCAUCACCAUGGCAACAGCCAUGGCGACUACACCUGCGGGGAGGUAUCACACCUACCUGCCUCCUCCCUACCCUGCGAACACCCCCCACCAGGCUCAAAAUGGGCCCUUCCAGUCCACCUCCUCACCGUAUCACCUGUACUACUCCACCGCUGCCAGCUCCUACCAGUUCUCCGUGAUGGCCGGAGGAGGAGGCGGAGGCGACUCACGCUCCCCGCCAAGGAUCCUACCACCAUGCACCAAUGCCUCCACAGGUUCGUCCCUACUGCACCCCUCUUUGCCCAAUCAGAAUGAAGGGGUGGGUGUGGAGGUGGAGUCCAGCCACAGUAGCUCCCCCACAAACAUGGCAGCCGCUGAAGCUGUCUGGAGACCUUACUGAGCCAGCUGAGGUGGUAGACUAACACUUUGAAUGACGCACAGUGGUUGCGCUCAUAUAAGGUGAUCUCCUGGUCAUGUGAUGACGGACACCAACAAGGGCAGAGCAAACUGACAUCAUUGAACACAUAAAUACGCAACAAUCCAAAAUAUGAUAGAGAGACAUGAAAGGCAAUAAGUCUAAGUAAUAUAGUCUAAGUAAUAUAAUUGACAAAGAUAAUAUAUCAACAUAAAGAUAGAUCUCAAACUCGGAGGCUGAGUGGUCACAAAACUGCUCAUCUCAGUUAAAGUGUAAGGCCGGUGCUAUUGUAUACUUCUUUUACUGUCAAGUAAUCUCAUGAAAAAAAACAUACCCAAUAAUGUGUUAGUUCAUCUCUCAAUACUUUCUGACUUCCCCUCAUGUCUUGCCUGUCAGCUACAAGCCCAUUGGUUUUGGGCCCACAAAUAUAAAGUUUCAUUUUUUUAAAAAAAUGCUCAAUAAUUUCUUCAAACAGUUGGACACUGUAGUUUUUAACAAACAUUUCUCAGACAAAAGGAAGUAGUGCAUUUGUCAGGGACUAUUUUUAACGGUGGAUUAAUCCACAUUUAGCACUCUAGUGAGUACACAAAAUACUUGUUAGUAAAUCAAUUCAUUGUUGGUUUGGCUCUGCACAUGAGAUUUGUUGAAAAUAAGAAACAUAUAGAAUAUCACCAGACUUCUCCUUUAAGGGACCACCUGUAAGUUAUAUUCACUUGAGUGUGUUCCAUAUCAUUUAUUGAAGAUGCAUUUCCUACACGUUUUCAUCAGUCUUCCACAGUACAGAACAUCUGCUAGUUAAUAAGCUGAUAUAUUUUUGUUAGCAGUUACAUGGAGCACUACUUGAUGUGCUCACCAAAAAAUCCAAAAUGUACCAGAUCAUAUCGGCAAUGUGACUCGAGAGCAUGGAGUAUGCGUUUAUAGGGUGCAAUCGGGUGCUACAAUAAAGUCAUGAUGACUUGAAAGACUCUCUAAGACUUCUGAAACAGCUGAAAGGAUAGUCUGGUAUCAUCCAGUGGUGGUGCCCCCCAGUUAGCAGCAAUAUUAAUUGCCACCUAUCAAUAUUGCUUUGAAACUGCUUUGACUUUGUUUGAAUUGUUCAGUGAUAGUUGGUUUGUCAUUUUUGGAACAAAAACAAAACAACAAACAGAAUGACUGACAGGUGCGUUAACCAACAGACAGCGUCAAGUGGGGCUGAGCUGACUCGUUAGGUUAUAAAACCAAACAUCCCAGUGUCACUCCGCACACAGAAAGGGACACAAGACCCCAGAAAGGAGCUUCUAUAAAAUGAAGGAUAUUAAAGUGGACAGAAACAUUGAGAGGCUUUACACUGACAAAGUGCAUGCAGUAGCACUUAACUGAUCAAUUCAUCUUCCUUUGUAAAAUAACAGGACUUCUUCCUCAUACAUGUUGUUGGUGUUGUGAAUAGAUGAUUUGUUCUUGCCAAAUAUUGUGAUGGCCUGUUUGUGUUUACCUUCAUCAAUCCAUCCCUCCAUCUUUGUUUCUUCUCAAUGCUUUCACCACUCCUGUCUCAUCAUCGGUGGACAUUUUUUGAAAAACUGAGCCCAUCACCUCAUAGGCCCCUAAGGCUGACUUUAUCCUCGCCCAUCAAGAUAAUUCAUCAUAAAUUUCAACUAACCUUAUUUUUUAGCGACCCUUUGACAUUUUGGCAGAUGAUUUUUGUCAAAAGUAUCAGCUGAAAUUUGGGGUUCAGUGUCUUGCUCAAGAACACUUCGACAUGUGGGCAGGAGAAGCUCGGGGAUCCAAACAACAACCUUGUGAUUAAUGACCGAAUUGCUCUACAGCAGUUCAACAAGUUGCUUGAUUGAAUAUUUAUUGUUGCAUUGAUCAAAGCUACAUUUGAUGGGACAUUUUGAUCAGAUUUCUACACUAACACAGACGACAAUGUUGAGGCCUAAACUAUGUCUCAGAGGAGGAACACAUUGGCCACACUGGGCCUCAUGCAAGAAACAUUUUCAUAUUUUUCUCCUAAAUCUUUUUUGUGUGUGAUUCCAAGUCAGAUUCAGCAAACUCUCUUCACUCCACAAACUUGCCAUAAUUUCAGCCUAAUAAAUACAUACAUAAAUACAUGAGGAGGUGCAUGUUAAUGUUAGCAUAUCAUUAACAUAAUCAACGCCCCUAAAAUUGCCAUCAAGGGCAAACUGUUCGCUUCAUUCACAAAUUGUUACCAAAGAGUAAAAAGAAGACUUUGAUACUGCAGAGCUGAAAUCAGCAGACAAUUUAGCAGUGCUAGCAUAGCAGUAGGGAACCCGAAACAAUUAGAAAAUAUGAAUCCAGCUGUCAGCGAUAUGUGACGACAGCAGCACUGUAGUAACAGAAAUAAAGAGGGAAUGCUUUGACAUGAUGUUAGAUACUAAAAAAUGUCUUUCUAAACCAAAGCACUCUGUGACUAAUAUGAGAGGUAUUACAUGUGACUGUCACAGAGAUAUUAGGGGAGAUAUUAUUAUAGCCUACAAUAGCUGAUGUUACACUGCUACACAACAUGAUAUUGGACAGAGACCUGCAGAGAGACACCGAGGCAGCUGUUUACAACUACUACUGAAAUGUAGACGCUGUUGUGCUGAAAUGUGACAAUACAAAUCAUCAAAUCUAGUUAUAUAUUUUAUUUCAGUCCAUUUCAGCAGCAUAUUUAAACUCUAAAUGAAUUCAGUUUAAGGCAUUAUAAUUUCAAGUCUAAUGUUUUUGCCCUGUGAAGAACACAGACUGUACAAGACUGGUACAACAUGUCUGGACCACUUGUGAAUUUCGUUCCUACCUCAGAAAAAAUUCUACGUCCGAGAAAAUUGAUGAAUGCCACAAAUUUUCUGAAAUCCCUCAUACAUGCCACAAAAAAUCUGUUGGUACUAGUGCUUCUUGCAUGAGGCCCACUGUCUUCCAUCAGCAAUUCUACUCAAAAAUGACUUAUUGUGGCCUUCCACUUCUCUCAUUCCCUCACCACACAGAGAAACUAUUACAGCAUGGAGUUUUAUAAAAUAGUUUAAUUUAUUCCUAUGAAACCAUUUUCUGUAGCCUUUCAUGCAUCUGCAUGUAUGUGUGUGUGUGAGAGAGAGAGAGUGUGUGUCACAUUUGCCCAUGAUCCACUGUUAAAGUAUUGUAUAAAACCAUGGCUGUAAAUGACACCUGCAUUUGAUCAUGCUUUCAUCGCCCUUCCUCACACACAUUCACACUCACAGCAGUUUUGUUUUGACAAUGUUGAUCGUGCAGCAUCAAGUUU